CCCUUCUCUGUUAAAAAUAUGAUGAGCAUUUUGCUGCUCAUUUUGGAAUCAUUUUUCCAACCGUCGGAGUAGAUUAGGAAGAUCGAUGGCCUUAUUGUCUCAUUUUCGGCAUGGUUAAUGCCGUGAAUUAUCAUGGAAGGGACGACAAAAUAUGGUUCCUCUCCAGUUCUUUUAACUAGCGUCUCUUCAGGAGAAGAAGAAGCGAAGGAGAUUGAAGGAUUUCCUUGUAUAUCACCUCUGGACGAUGGUAGGUUCUAAUAUCUCUUUUUCUCAUAUUAUCGCCGCAGUCGAUCGAUCGGUUUGUUAUGAUUGAACACUUGUCUCUAAAGAGCUAAUUUUUGCCUUGACAUUAAAACUUGGAGAUAGUUUUCAUCUAAGAAUUGUCAUCGCAGUGUACAGGCUACACUACGAGCGAACGGAGGGGUACAAAUCUUGAGUUCGAUCACAUCGCGAAGUCUCUUUGGCAUAUUAUUCAUGUCGAUUCACAGCACUUGAAAGGAAAACUUUAGUAUAAAACUGAACCCUUGAGUUUGUAGGAGAAUGGCUGCACUGAAAAAUUACCUUCGGCGUAGAAAAAACAUAGAUGGUUGUUAUUAUUUCUUCUAUAUCGCACUCUUCCAUUUUCAACAUUAUUGUUGAUCUUCUUUUGCCCGCCAUGAAUCACUGGUAAUUUCUUGUUAAACAAACAUUUUUUUUUUUUAAACUUUCAUUGUUUAUGCUCACUUUCUAUGUGUGUAAAAAUUUCGAUCUCACGAUUUAUUGUUAAACACAGUUUAUUUUGAAUUCGUAAGAGUAAAACUUUUUUUAAUAGCGAAUUUGUAAUGUGUAAAAUUAUGUAGCCCCUGAUAUAUAUAGGAGCUUAUCCUCAAGCAAGUGCUCUUGAAAAGUUUUUUCCCUGUAAAAACAGUCCUUGAAAAUUUUAGAAUGUAAUUUAUCAACUUUCAUGUAAGUCUCUCUGAUCUAAAAACCAGCAGUUAAUAUAAAUUUUAUUUUCGCCUUUUUAAAGUUUAAUUUUAAGUGUAAGGUCAAUUUUUUGACAAAUACAAUGUAACUUUUGUGUACAUAAUUAUUGGCUGGUUAAAACUAUUAUCUUCUGGUUUGAAGCAAUUUUUUAAAAUUUUUCAGUCUACAAAGAAAAGUUGUAUUUUCGUAGCUCAAAACAUAUUUACCAUUAUUGAAAAAAAAAUGUUCAGUGGUUGUCAGUGCUAUCGCUUUAUAAAUUAUGGAAAAAACAUUAAAAGAUUGUCAAUGGCUUCAGUCUGAAAUCUACUUCAUGUACCAAGGACAUUUCAUUUAUUCAACUGAUAUAUUUUUUCUCACAACAUUUCCAUGCAAAGAAAAUUUACUUACAUGUUCGUGUUUUUGUACUAAAAUGCAUAUAGCAGCUGAUUGUGGGUUAAACGUCAGCUGUCAUUUACAUGUAAGCUGAAAACAUGUGUUUUGCAAAUGUUCAACUUCUCACAGAGAUUUCCUGAAUUUAUUAUGAACUGAUUUUCUUUAUAUCUACCUGAUUGCAGUCUUCUCAUUGAAGAUUGGUUGUGUUUUAGAACAACAUAUGUUACAUAAAUAAAUAAAUUAUGAGCAAUCAUGGCAAAUUUGAGUUUAUUUUAUUUACUUGAUUCCCUUUGCGAUAAUUAUUGUAUGAUCAGAUCAAGAAACAGAGUGAGAAAAAUAAUAUUGUCUGUAAACUGCCACUUGCAAAUUGUUAGUUGAAAACUGUAUGACAUUAUUUUAUGACUAUCACAGAAAAUGGAUUAUUCAAGAAGAGCAAAGUACCAACCAUGAACAUACAAAGUUUAGUUGUGUACAUUUGUGCAUCUUUUACCUUGAAAAAUAAGAUUUAUUAUAUGCACUACAAUAUGUACCAAAUACCUGAGUCCUACAUGGAAAAUUUGCUUUGACUCAGACGUCAAGACUAACCUUAUACCCUUUGUAUUCAAAUUUGUUUUGAAAGCUUGGGAAAUUUCCAUAACAAUCAAGGAGAUAAUUACAAUCUUAGCAGCAUGAAAAGACGGUUGUGUCUGUUAGUCUGUGGAUGGCGAUUUUGCAGUUGGGCUAGUGAUUUCUGUUCUUUUAAUUGCCAAUCUGUAAAACUGACUUUCUUAGAUAGUGUGAAGUCCUACGCAAAACAGGGCACUUGAAGGAAGAUUAUCUGAUCACAACUGUUUUUUGAAAACAAAAGAUUCCCAAGUUUUAUACAAACAGACUAAUAACAUUCAUAAAUUUGAGGGCUGUUUCCUGAGAGAUCAGGUAAGUUUGCACAGCUGUAAAGUUUUUUUCAGUUGCAUAGUUGAACCUUGAAUUUUAUGGGUCCAUUUGCAAAAAGACUUGAUUUCAAAAAGUGUUGUGAUUGAAUAAUCUUCCAAGUGCCCGAUUUGAGUAGUCGCAAUGUAAGGCAGACAAUAUCAUGUCCAAGUUAGCGUUCUUUUACUCAUUAAUGGUUAGCAACUAUUGCUGCUAUUUUUGCUAUCCAAUUUAAACUACAUCCAUUCUCCUUGGUGGUUCCAAAGUGAAUGUACCAACCCUUUAAUUUACUGUUUGGCUUCAGUCUCCCACGGUGCGAUUUAGUAUCAUACACUUGUGGGGGCCUUUGGUCACAUUGCAGUAGCCUCAACAGCUAUGUAUUUGUGAUCUCUUUUUACUAAAAAAUACUAUAAAUAUCUUUAAAGUUAUUGAGAAAUCGAUGCGUGCAUUAGUUUCUGCCUCACAAGUCUUGCUUUUCAGCAUUGAUUCUCGUAAAUUGUGAUGCUCAAUUCUUGCAGGAUUUGAGAAUUUAGUUGAGAAUUAAAGACUCAUGACAGACUAGGAACUUAAGUUGAUUUGAAUGGUACUAUUUGUUGCCAGCAAAUAACUGCAAGAUGUACAGCAAAACACACAAUGCAAAAUAUCAGAAUUGGUAAAAUUAUCUACUGACUAGACAUACAUGCAUAUGUACAAAGUAGUUUUUCAGGUUAUAAAGAAAUGAAGUUACCGGUAUGGAAUGGGCAAUUUUUCUGUUGGUAUUGUGUUGUUGAAUAUUCACUGUGUGAAUUUUUACUUCAUAUUUCUCAGAUUAUCUCCUCCAUAAAGAAAAACAGAUUCCCGCUCAAUUGUUGGACAGAUGGCGGAAAGCAGCUCUAGCUGUUUCUUAUGCUUCUGUUUUUACUACUUUUGUUAUAGGUGUCAGUGCAUUUGGUAAGCAGACUGAUGCAAAAACUGUUGUUAUUAUAUGGUGCAGGGGUUAGGGCGGGGGAGUUUCCUGAAAAAACAUAAGGCUGAUAUUACUAGUAACAGAGUCAUAAUUGGAAUUUUUAAUAUUUUAUUCUGUAAUAAUUGUUCGCUAACAGAUUUCUGCAAAGUCUAGGUGGCUGGGGCUCACUAUGAAUGUUAAAGCAUUCCCAAUGAUGAGUAGCACUUGGGAACAAAUGGGAAGUUACAAUCAUAUUUAAAUAUUAUGAUAAUUUAUUAUAAAAUGUUAACAUAAUAUUGUUUUUCUUUCUAUAGUCAUUUCCAGUUUGGCCAAAAGCUCUGCAGCAUUUGGCUUUGCAGUAAGUCCACAUGCUAUUUAUUCAAUAAUAAUGAUUAAUAAUAAUAUGAUAUCAAUAAUGAUGAUGAUGAUGAUAAUGCUCACCUAAUGAUGAUGAUGAUAAUAAUAAUAUUAAUGGUAAUAAUAAUAAUAAUAACUAUAAUAAUAAUAAUAAUAAUAAUAAUAAUGACUUUGUUCAGGGUAUCCACUGGAUGGCUCUUCACCUGAACUUGUACACUAAAGUUUCACAAUAAUUCAUUGAUAGUCUGGAAAAAAGAAUUCACUGCAGGGUAACAGUGGAGCAUUUCUUAAAUAGUUCUUACAGACCUAUUUAAGAAUAAUUGAGAGAUAUCCAUACUACACACUUUCCAACACGUACAUGUAAAGCAUGUAUAGCCAUGCAUUACUUCAUACAAUCCAUUUGACUGUACUGAUAGAAAAAAGAAGAAUGAAGGUUUGGAAAUUCUGAUUCUAAAUUUCUUGAAGAUUUAAUUUUUUAUAUAAUCAGAGAAUUAAUGAUCCUCCGAAUAAAAAAAGGAGAAAGAAAACCUCAUUUGUACUUAAUUUUUUACCCUGUAAAAAUGGUAAAGUUCAAUUAGACUUGCUAUAAGUUGACCUCUUGAGUUUCAGUUUCAUAGCAGAGAGGAAGCAGGGCAAGCUUUUUAUCGCAGCCGAGCCAGCAUCAAAGUCGCCUGGGGUCCACUUAUCUCACACGAUAAGAAACUUUUUCAAAAUUCUAAUUAACGUUUGAUAAAUAAUGCCAACUUUUCAUUCAGUAGUUUCCUGACUUCUGAAAAUCUGACAUGUAUAUUUUUUUCUCAGUUUGAUUCUUUAUUAGAUGUGUGUUCAUCACUGGUUGUUAUUUGGAGAUUUUGUGGGUUAGCCGGAAAACAAUAUUCGUGGGAAAGAGAAAGAAGGUACUGUCCAAAUAAUAUUAAUAGUACAUGAUUUUGUUCUAGAAAAAAAGCCGACCCCAACCAGUUGAUGGCUAAUUGUGAGACCUUAGAACAAAUGAAAACACAGUGGAACCACAGGGCACAGAGGAGUUGUUUGUGACCUUGACUGUUGAUUGUAGUUAAAUUUUACAGUUGAUACCAUGCAUCACCUUUGUUUUUAUACUGUAAAAUCAACUUAUUGCCCUGGUUGUUCAAAAGUUGGAUAGCGCUAUCCACCGGAUAAAUGGCUAUCCAAUGGAUAAGUAUUACAUAAACUAAUUAAGUUAUAAACUGGAUAGCGAUUUAUCCAGCGGAUAGCGCUAUCCACUUUUUGAACAACUGGGGCCUGGUAAUAUAUUAUCCAAUGCUGUAGAAAACUGCUGAAGGUAAUGACUGCGGAAGAAUAAAAAUGAAAGCUUCGCUUUCCACGGAGUAUCAGGAAAUAUUUUACCAGGUUUGUAACAGAAUUGCAUGACGGUUCGAUACGUGAAGUUCUUAGUCAAUUCUACAGUAAACAUAGGUGACUUGUGCGAUCGGCUGUAAAAUUUCGCUUCGCUUGCCAUCACAAAUGACUCCUCUGUAGUCUGUACCCUGUGUGGAACCAGGGCUGUCAUUAAGAGGCGGGGGCUGGGAAUGUUCCCCAGCUACUAUGAACGUUGCUCCCAGCUAUUUUCAAAGAAAAAUAAGAAAAAUAGAACCAAAAAAGAAAUCCCUAGUUGUUUGAUUCCCCGCCUACUUUUUGUAUUUACCCAGCAACUUGAAAUCUUAGUGACAACCAUGGUGGAACCCUGCUAUUAGAGACACCAAGGUAGCCUGCGUAGCAUGGUGGUUUUGUCCUUGGGGUUUCUCUGUCCUUGUGGCCUUUAUUACCUUGCACCCCCAACCAAAACCACCAUUCUGUGCAGACUAACACCAAGGGGACAUGCUCGCAAAGUGCCGGUAUUCUCAGGGUGUCUCUGAAAGAACAUGACAGACACAUGUUUUUUUCAACAUAAAGACUAAAGCAGACAUUUGAACGAGUAUUAAAGAAUUGUUUUUUUUUUUAUAUAACUGCAACAGGUUUGUCCUAGAGAAAUCUCGCUGUCAUGCAUAUGCCAAUUUAGUCUCAGACUAAAAUUACCUGUUAAGUAUUAUUCUUGAAACACGAAAAUAGAAUCCAUUACUUCAGGUUACUUUACUUUGUACAUCUGACACUUUUAUAGUGCGACUCAGCCAGGUGGAAUGAAUGUUGAUCAGAACUUUUGAAAGGUCACUUGCCAUUUUUGUUAGGUUUUCAUUGGUAAGAUAUUCAGUUAUAGACCGUGAAGAAGAAGGGUGUCCCUUGUCCAUAUUAACCUGUGUCCAUAAUAAGCAAGAGUCUGUAGAGCUGGUUCCACUGUAAUUCAAAAAAAGAUUGAAAAAGCUGUCCCUAGGUUGACACUGAUCAAUGUUCUCUCUGUUGCAGAGCCUGUAUAGUGAUUGCUUUCCUUUUUGUCGUGUCUGGAACUGGUAUAUUUAUCAGAGCAGUCAGGGCACUAAUUGUGGAGAAGCAUCCCCUCAAAGUAAGCUUGCGAUGUUUGUUUUACCCUUUUACCCUCCAAAAUUUUCCCUGGAUGGGAUGCCUGUUCAUCACAGGCUCAUUUCCUGCAGUAUGUCUCCAGUAACCAAUUAUACACCUGGUUAGCCUGUUCACUGGCCGGCCUCUGUUUUCUCUUAAGCAGGACGUCGAGCGUGCGUAUGGAAAUAAAAACAGCGCGCUGCGCGCUCUCUGUCGUGCGCUCGUUUCGUUUGUGCGCACACUAAAUUGUCGAUUAAAAACGAAAAACGUGUAAUAGGGACCUUAAAAUGCGUAGGCGGCGACGGCAGCGAAAACAUUGCUUAAAAAGUGAAUUCGCGUUUUGUGAACCUUCAUAGCGAUUACUCCAACUCAAUUACUUUUUUAAAUGUACAUAUAUGCGAACUCUCCUGGACCUCCUACGAGUUUUAUCCAAGUUCAGAAGAAAAUUUCGUCGUUGCUUGUUUACGUCCUCCAUAAAACGAGGAAAUUUGGCACGUUGUAGUCCUGCCCCGACGGCCAAGAAAUGAGCCAAACAGUGUGUUGCUCGUACAAAGUUGUGUUCUUAUUGCUUUGACGUUUUUGUUGCCGUCGCCUUCGUCGGGUCUUAAGGUCCCUAAUAUACGAGACAGGACUGUUAAAAAUACUUUGAGCGGUACGGUACAAGCGAAGUUUAUUAUUCAAAGGAAUCAUUAUCCUUCUUUCAGUUCACCGGCAUUGAAGCAAUUUCUGGUGUGAGUGUGGUGGCUUUUACCUCAUUAGCUUGGAUGAAGUUUGCAAUCGCUGAUAAACUGAGCAGUGCAUCUCUCCGCACUGAUGGUACGUAAGUCGGCAUGAUGAUUUUUGACGAGUUGAAUUUCUUGUCGAUUAGUUGUAGUUACUAUAUAUUAAGUUUCAAGUUUAUUGUUUGUAUAUCAAUAAUGUACUGAGCUGCAGGUAGCUAAGCUAAUCGUGGCGUGUCAGUCUCACAAGGCGUUUUUUCCAGUAUUAGGAAAGAGUUUGACAAAAAGCGAUGUAAUUAGCAAAGUAAGAGUUUUGCGAAGGAGAGAAACUGUGUCGUGAUAUUAUUGUAUUAGGAGCGUUCCACAAACAGGGAAAUGGCAGGGGCAAACUUUUUUAUUCGAGGGAAGGUUUGUUGAUGGUCAGAAAACAUCUUAGUCCAUGACAAAGUCAAUGGAAUUUCGAGGAAGUUAUUUCCAGAUUUUCACCGGGUCUUUAGAAAGAUUUUGAGUGACAUUUUGAUCAAAAAGCAAUCUGUAGCAGUUCAUCGAUUUUCAUAUGGAGUAGAACAGUCAUGGCCUGCAAAAAAGGCUACAGAAGAUGCAAAAUGAAAAUAGGAUUCAGACUCAGUAAAAGACUGUUAUAUUAGCUUACGGAUUGGUCAAAUUUUUCCAACGACUCCUCCCGUUUUUUCCUCUGCGUUGUCUUCAUCGCGCCGUUUUCACUAUUUAUUCUGAACCUCUGAAAAAGCCAAUUUUGUAACACUGACGUAAAGACUUGCCACUUGCAGAACAAGAGGUUUUCUUUAUUUCUGAACUAAGGCCACUUGCAAACUGUUGUUAUUGUUGUUGCUUUCUUUUAGCUUUUAACUCGACAGCCGGUGCCGCUAUGGCUUUUGGAAUGGUUUUAAGUACAAUGCUGUAUCAAUAUAACAGAAAUAUUUGGUAUCUCGAUGCCUCCGUGGCUCUUUGUAUAGCGUUUGGAUUGUUUGGGUACGGAAUUAGGUGAGUGUUUUCGUAAUUAGGAGCCCUUUUUUUCAAAAAGCUGAAAAAUCGAAAUGUUGAGUCAAGAUAACUUGUCUCAUUUUAUCUUUUUUUUUUUCAACAGGCUUCUGGGGAAUCUUUUACCUGCAAAGGGAAAAUUCCCUCCACCCAGUGAAGCAUUUGAUUAGAUAUUGCCUAUAUUUUUUUAAAAUCAGCCAUGGAGGAUUGUAUCGGCCAAUUUGUAGCUGUGCGUGGGACUGGGUCAGUGUCCUGACGAAUGGAACUAUGGGACUGUUUUAAGGAUGUAAUUGCUUCUUUCAUUCGCUACUAAGGAAAUGAGAGGAAAACUGGACCGAGUUAACUUUCACAAGGACUUCUGGGACUGUGACGAGGGAAAGAUGGCUUAAAAAGGUGGCGCGCACCCAGUAACGAUCCCAGAAAUCAUUGCGGGACACAUUUCGGCCCCAGUCCCCAUAUCUUUUCUUAAGUGACUAA